UCACUUCUGAUUUCAGUGUGACUGUGACAGCAGCCUGGGCCGCUGCCCCACGCCUCGUUUCCUCUUCCCGCCUCUUGCGGCGCAGAUCCCGAAGAUACGGAACUCAGCCGAAUUCUUGCUUCGAAGAAGAACUGGGACUUGGGACUUUACCGAGUGGAUUUAAAAAAAACCAACGAUCGGCUUUCAGGGAAGACGAAGCUUUUAGGAAGCAACCGAGGGAAGGGACCUCUCUGGCGUAAAAAAAGAUGACCAAUACCAAUAUGUCCCUGUGGAGCUAUGUCUCCAACAUGUCUCCGGAGCGGUUCAAUGGCUUGUAUGAAGAAUUUCCUCAUACUCUACGUUGUCUCCUUGGGGAGUGGCUGGAAACUGAGCCAUGGGAAUUUAUCAACAGAUCAGAUUCUUUCUGUACUCUUCUGGCUGGAAGGCUGCUGUCUGCCAUGGUGGAGAAGAUACGAGAUCUUGCCAACAAGAACUGCAAUUCUGCUGCUCAGAUUCUUCAGUUUGUUUCCAGCAUUGAGAGCAGAUAUCGGAAAGAUCCCCUGCAACUGGCAAAUGUUAUAAAAAGAAUCUUGGAAGCAGAGCAAACAGCAGUUCACCAGCAGCAUCAACAUGUUCCCCUUGUCAUCGAACGUCAGCGGGAAGAACUGAUGUUUCGAUUCAGCCUACAGAAGCUGCAAUACAGACUUCAGGAGAUUCAAACCCUCCGGGAAAGCUUCCAGCAGAGUAACACUAGAGCUCCACUGUCGCAAAACUCACUGGACUGUCAAUUUCCAAUACAAGAGAACCUGCCAGCAAGUUCUCUUCAAAGCCUUCAAGGACUGUUCAUGAAGAUGGACAGUGAGUUAGAAGAAGCCAAGAAGAAGAUUCUGGUGAGGCUUCUGAUUUGGAAGAGGCAGCAGCAACUGGCUGGAAAUGGAAGCCCAUUUGAUGAGGACUUGUCCCCGCUGCAAAAGAGGUUGGAAUGCCUGGUAGAUAUUUGGUUCCAGUUUCGCCAGCAGUUGAUCACAUCUGGAAUUGAACUUCAAUCUCAUAUUCGAGAACAUCUUGAUGAUACAUUCAACUCUCUUAUACAAAAUUCCUUCUUGGUGGAAAAACAGCCUCCGCAAGUUUUAAAGACGCAGACCAAAUUUCAAGCCAGUGUUCGCUUCCUGCUGGGACCUCAGUUACUCAAACAUCCGCCAACAUCAUUUCUGGUCACGGCUGACAUUGUGACAGAGAAACAGGCCCGGGAACUGUCUGCCAACCAUUCUGCCUCAGUCUUUAGUGAAAGCACUGGAGAGAUUGUAAACAACACAGCAUCCCUGGACAUAAAUGCCUCCAGCAAUUCCUGUACUGCUCAGUUCAAAAAUUUGCUUCUCAAAAAGAUCAAGCGUUGUGACCGCAAGAGUACAGAAUCGGUAACGGAAGAGAAAUGUGCUGUCCUCUUCAGUAGCAGCAUUUGCCUUGGACCCAACCAAACCAACUUCCACCUACAGGCUCUGUCGCUGCCCCUUGUGGUGAUUGUCCAUGGAAAUCAGGACAACAAUGCUAAAGCCACCAUCUUAUGGGACAAUGCCUUUGCUGCUCCUGAUCGCAUUCCAUUUGUGGUGGCUGAGCGUGUUAGCUGGAAGGCAAUGUGUGACACUCUCAACCAGAAGUUCCUUGCAGAGGUGCAAACCACAAAAGGUCUACUCAAGGAUCAUUAUUUCUUCUUGGCCCAGAAGAUCUUUGGUGACAACAUCACCAGUCUAGAGGAACUGCAGAGAUGCCACGUCUCUUGGUCCCAAUUCAAUAAGGAGAUGCUUCCUGGUAGAGGAUUCACAUUUUGGCAAUGGUUUGAAGGCAUUCUUGACCUCACCAAGAAAUAUCUGAAGAACUAUUGGUCUGACAGAUUGAUCAUGGGCUUUGUCAGCAAGCAAUAUGUUUUCAAUUACCUGAGCAAUGCGCCAGCUGGGACUUUCCUGUUACGUUUCAGUGAUUCGGAGAUUGGUGGCAUCAGCAUCGCCUAUGUUAACUACUUCCCAGAUGGUUCCACUCAGGUGGAGAACAUCCAGCCAUUCACGGCCAAGCAAUUGUCCAUUCGUUCACUGGCUGACUGUGUUCUGGAUCUCCCACAACUCCAUGUGCUUUAUCCUAACAGGCCCAAACACGAGGCUUUCAGGAGGGACUACAACACAGAGACACGAAAAAACACCAGCAGUUACGUCCCAGCCAGGUUAACCAUAACUGUAGACACACCCUGCUCAUUUCCUACGUCCGUUCAGAAACCAGCUGACACUCUGGCUGGUUCUAAUGUGAAUCUUGCAGUCCAUUCUGUUUCAACUUAUCAUGACCCACCAGUCAUGGUUCCAUCAUCCAUUGGGACAUCUUUAGCCAGCAGCACAACAUAUGGAAGCUCACAGCUGCCAUUUGAAUUAAUGACUUGCUCAUACCCUUUGGGCAAUGCUUCGCCUCUUGGUUCAGUGGAUUCAUACUCCAUGUGCCAAGACGUAGAGAUGCCGGACCUCUCUAUGCCCACUGAGAACAACAUAACAUACCCAGGGAAUCUUCAGCUCCAUGUGAUGGCAGACCCGUUAAGUGUGCCUGAGACCAUUUCGCCACCUUCCAGUGAAGAGUUUGAAAAGCUUCUGCAUCCAGACCAAGACCUGCACCCAGACCUUCACUUUUGCCAUAAUUCAGUGUGACCCAUUUAUAUGUGCUUGUCGUCUUUCUCUCUAACACCUUGGAGAUACUUUAAUGGACCUUUUAUGUACUUCUCCCUAUCAAGCCGGGACAUAAACAGUGAUGGCUGGUAACCCAGAAGACUUACCAUGUACAGAAAACGACUCCUGGGCUCUUCUGCAUAUCUACUUCAUCCUUCAUUAGAUCUUUGCAAGUUCUUCUGAACCAAGACCCGCUUCAGUUGCGUGCCAAGUCAGGCACAUGCUCAGCCUAUAUUGUCAGCACAGCCAAUGGAGUAAGAGAGGUUCUCCCACUGACUCACACCUCCUUUGCUGUGGGCAGUAAUAUCUGGGGGAAGGGGGACAAACAUGAUGCAAUAGCACCUCCGUGUGCUUUACCGCUUAUCUGUGUUACCUCUGGAUCGCAAGGGAGAUUUGGUGGUUUUCCAUUUAUAGCACAUUAGAUUGAUUGUUUAUCAGUUACCAGCAGCCAAGACAGAAAAUAUUUCAUCAGGAACUUCAGAAGAAAAUUUCUUUGUUCAAUUAAUGUAGGUAAAGUCUUGGUUGGGCUGCUGAUCCUUUCAUGUAUUUAGAUGGGUCAGUUGCGCAAAUGAAAUGAUUCCAAUGGAGUCUUCAUUAUUUUUCAUUUCUCCUUUGGAAGAAGAGACACCGGAUUUCCUCCCAGAAUUUAAUGUUCCACAGCCUUUCGCCGUAUCGUACAGAAUUGUUAGGUAGAGUGAGGUGACCAUCUCAGGCCAAAACAAGAGCGAUGGUGGGAAAGUGUUGAAUUGUCACAUGGCCUCCCUUGCCAAUUUGCCAAAGUAACCUACUGCCUUCGGUAUGGUGGUGAAUGCAAUCUUCUCACCAAGUUUCGGUCCAUAGUUGGGAGGUGGGGGUGUAGGUGGGAUUCAAUUUUCACCCAAACAGCUACAAAAUAUUUUGGGCCAGUUUUGCCAACUUGCAGUUCCUCUAUAAUAGAUGGAGCCUAGAUUCUUUACACCUUUUUCUCUGACCCAGUGAAUUUUGGCUUCUUAAGAUAAGGACUGCAACACUUGUGCCAUUGUUCCUGGGUAGGAUAAUGUAAAAUAGAGAUUUCCCCCUAUAUUAGCAGCUGGCACGGCCCAAUCAUUUAUACUAGAUUUCUUAUUGUACAGACUCUAUUCUCAUUUGCCAAAUCCUGGUAAAAGGUGCAGUGUAAAAUAACCCAUAAAAUCUUUAUUCCAAAAUAACAAAAUAAAUAAUCUACUGUAUACAUUACAAAUGAAAGAAUGCUAGUUUUCCUAUAAAGACACAAAGGCUGUAGGGUAGAAGAUGGAGACUUGACUGAAUACCAGUUGAGUAUUAAUUUUAAUUCAACAGGAGUUCCAAGGUUUACCUGAACAAUGUAUGUUUUGCAAGUCAGUUUGUUUCAGCAAAUGUUGCUUUCAGACUGCUUUGAAGGAGAUAUUGUUCCGCCUUUAUCUCAUACUGUCAUUAUGCCAUAAUUAUAAUGCACAAAGGAGAAUGGGAGAAUGUUAUUUUCCUCAGGGAAGAUACAAUCCCUGGAGGGGAAACUGAAACUCUCCUGUCCCAGAGUCAGACAGGGGUUUAAUUCCCUUCCUUUUUAAGGUUUUCUCAAUUUCACCCCAUUCCCCUUUGGCAUAAAGAGGACUAUACCAUUGAGAAAGCCUUAGGAAAUGUUCUCCUAUUCCCUUAAAAAAAAACAAAAAAACACAGAGUAGUUGUAAAGUUAACUGUUGAAUUACAAUCCCCCCUCUCCAUUGCAUGUGUGUUUAAGGGCACCGAAUCCAACACGUUCCUCUCAAGAGGCGAUAACUCCAGAAAUAUCUGUUCUGAUUCCUGUUCAAAAAUCUCAGCAAAUACAGCAGUUACUAUAAACCAAAUGGUCGGGGUGUGGGUGUGUGUGGGUUUACCUGAACUUGAAACUAGUAAGGGAUAGUCAUCCAGCAGACUUAUAAAAGCCUGUAAUUUUCCAUCAGCUGAUUUUACUUUCUAUAAAACUGCUUCAAAAUGGAAGAUCCAUACAGGAUCUUCCAUUUUCUGCGUGUGGUGUAGAGACCAGCCCAUCUACUUCUCGCUAUGAUGGCACUGGGUUCCUCUUUGCUGUUCAUUUCUCUUCCCCGAAUACAGGAAAUUGAAGUGGUAGGGAAGAAAAGUACAGGUAAUCCUUGACACACAACCAUUCCUGUUAAAUGGGCACUGAAAAAAGUGACUUUUAAAUGUAAGUGCCCUCGCACUUACAACUGUCACAGCAGUCAUGUGAUCAAAAUUCUGUUACUUGGAAACCGGCAUAUAUUAUUUGAUGGUUGCAGCAUGGGGGGGGCUGGGGUUACAUGAUCAUCAUUUGUGACCUCCUCAGAUGCCUUCCAAUGAGCAAAGUGAAGGGGGGAAAGCCGGAUUUACUUCACUGCAGUGGUUUGCUUAACAACUGUGGCAAAAAAAAAUGUAUUAUAAAACCAGGCACGAUUCAUUUAAUGACUACCUUGCUUAACAAGACAAAUUCUGGUCACAGUUGUGGUUGUUAAACUGAGGAUUACCUGUAUAAAUAAGCUCUGAGAAUAGGCGCGAGAAGCCUUAGGGAAAGAGUAGGGGAGCACUGAGGGAGAAUGACAUUCGACAUGAAUCUCAGCAAGGCCUCCUCUCCGUCGAUAGAAUAACAACAGAGUUGGAAGGGACCUUGGAGGUCAUCUAGUCCAAACCCCUGCUCACACAGGAGACCUAUACUAGGGAUUCGAACCGCCGACCUUUCUGAUCGACAAACUCAGCAUCUUAGCCACUGAGCCAGCUAGCCAGGCCUUGGUUGGAAAAGGGAUGGAUUCUGAUAUUAAUUCACCUCCCUGCAUCAAGUUUUGAUAGAAUACAGGUAGUCCUUGAGUUACAACAGUUCAUUUAGUGACCGUUCGAAGUUACAAUGGCAUUGAAAAAAGUGAUUUACAACACACGACCAUUGCGGCUUUCCCAAGGUCACAUGAACAAAAUUCGGACACUUGGAAACUUGUUUUGUAUUUAUGACAGUUGCAGUGUCCCAGGGCCAUGUGAGACCUGACAAGCAAAGUCAAUGGGGAAGUCAGAUUCACCCCACAGCUGUUUCUAACGUAACAACUGCUGUCGUGUCCCACUCCUCCGCUGACGGCCGGGUCAGGGAAAUCCGAAUCAGGCUUGCCUCUGCAGCUCUGCCCAAAGUCCUAGCAAAGUCCUCAGAGCAGGCAGGAGACCAGUAAGUGACUUCAGCAAGAUAAGUUCGACUUUGCCUGACUCAGAGACUGCCAGAAAGCAGAUCCUUUAUAUAGGCCAUGGAGUGUGGCUCCAUGACUCAGCACUCAUUAAGGCCUGCCCCUCCCUUCCUUCUGUUGCCUCCGCCUAUCCAGUCUUCUGAUGCGAGGGUCACUCCAAUCAGCAGCUGUUGGAAGUAAACUUUCCUCAGGCUCACAUGCUGUGGAGGAGGGGGAGGGGUCUAGCUGCUCCGUUUGCCUGGGCAUGGAGCCAGGGCUGGGGCCGGGGGAUGCUCCCUCCUCUGCAGCCUGCUUGGGCAUGGAGCCAGGGCUGGGACCGGGAGGUGCCCCCUCCUCUGCAGCUUGUCUGGGCAUGGAGCCAGGACUGGGGCCGGGAGGCAUACAUUCCUCCGUGUUCAGGAGCAGAUAAGCAGACCCCGGCUGCGGUGAGAGCGGACAAGACACAACUGCAGUGGUUCACUUAACAAGUGUGUCAAGAAAAAUCGUAAAACGGGGCAAAGCUCACUUAAUAAAUGUCUCACUUAGCAACAGAAAUUUUGGGCUCAAUGGCAGUCGUACAUCGAGAACUACCUGUACACAAAUGAAAACUGCUGCUGGGAUGCAGUUUAGUGUGAAGGCAGCUGUUUCUAGUGUGCCCAUAUCCAAAUGGCAGCAGUUCAAUCCUUAUUUUUAAUGGGGUAAACUUCUAGCUCCCUAGAGCCAUUAGGAAACAAAAUACCUCGAAGCAUUCCAAAUUCAGCUGAAAAGCAAUCAACGCUUCUGAUGAUUAACCACAAUAUAAAAUCAGCAGGCAAGAGAAGUAAUGAGGAUAUUUUCGGCACUGUAUACACGAUAAAAAACAGGAAAAUUCUGGGGAUGGGCAAAAUGUGUGGCAUUAAGAUGUCCCAGUUCUCCUGAUCUGAGGAUCAUCCUUGGUCUUCAAAGUGCCUACUGGGACCAUAUUCCAAUGGAGGGGAGGGGACACAAAAACUGAAUUUAAUUCAAUUUACAUAUUUUGCUUAGUUAUACAUAUAGCAUAGUAACCUCUGAUGUCUUUGAUACAUUUUUUUUCCUUCUGUCACAUCAAGGAUUAUCCUUUCUAUGGCAAUUUGUAAAAUGGUUUGCAGGGUGUGUGUGCUACGAACAGUCCUGGGGAUGCAGUUUCUGCGCAUACAGGAAACAUCUGUUGACAAAGACCAACGGCAGCGACAAACAUGUUUCAUGUGUAUGCGUGUGGUUGAGAGUACAGGAGCAUGGGGACGAUUUGGAAACAAGAUAUAUUGUUUAUGGCCAAUCACUUAUAUGCCUUUCAAUAAAAUAUGUACAGGA